AUGGCUGAAUCCGCGCCGGCCCCGAAAAACAUCCUGCGCGGACACAAGGCCCAAGUCCACGCCGCCGCCUUUAUCAGGGACAAUGAGCGCCUCGUCACCGCCGACGCAGAGGGCUACGUCGUCGUCUGGGACCUCGUCAUCAUGCGCCCGUCCGCCGUCUGGAGGGCCCAUGAAAACUCCAUACUCGGCGUCCGGGGCUGGGGGCGGGACAAGGUGAUAACCCAUGGGCGGGAUCACAAACUCAUCGUCUGGCAGCUGGCGGAACAGGAUGAGCAGUCCCUCGACACCGUCCUACCAGUCGAGCACGUUGCUCAGCCGCGCCGGCAGCCAUGGAUCCUGUACCUGCUCGAGGUCAACACCCUAAACUUUUGCUCCUUUGCAGCCUGCCCCAGACGUGACGGGGAGACCAUCUGCGGGCCAGACGCAUCGACGGACAUUCUCGUGGCCGUCCCCAAUAUGCUCGCCUCUGAAGCUAUCGAUGUCUUUGCGCUGCCUGGCCAGUCGCGCCUUUAUACCGUCAAGUCCAGUGUCAAGAACGGCCUCGUCAUGAGCCUACGACUACUUCACCGCGCAGGGUGUCUGACACUGCUGGCGGGAUUCGAGGACGGCUGCGCAUCGGUGCAACGUCUCUGCGCCUCGGGCGCAUGGGUCACGACCUAUCGCUCUCAAGCACACUCUCAGCCCAUCUUGUCGCUAGACCUUCAUCCCAGCCAGGAAUGCUUCUUCACGUCGUCCGCCGAUUCCAUCAUUGCGCAGCAUCCCAUCCCCACCGCGCAACAAAGCCUGACCUCGAGCGCGAGUAUCAGCGGGCAGAGCAUCAGAGAGACCGGCUCUUCUGAGGCCAAUUCUGCAGAGCCCUUCGUGUCAGAUGCAGACGCACCCAACAUCACAGCUGACCCCGACGCGUCUCGGCCAACAGAGCGUCUGCAAGAGUGGAAGCAUCCCCUCAAGAUCAUCAACACCAAGCACUCCGGCCAGCAGAGCCUCAAGGUCCGCUCCGACGGCAAGGUCUUUGCCACAGCUGGGUGGGAUUCCAAGAUCAGGGUCUAUUCUUCCAAGACCCUGAAGGAGCUUGCCGUUCUCCAGUGGCACAAGGUCGGCGCAUACGCUGUUGCCUUUGCCGACGUUGCGCAGAAUUUGAGCGCGGGGCCAUCAAUGGACAAAGUGGCCGGUCCUUCGGUCGGCAGCAAUGGGCUUGUCGGUACCGCCAGCGUGAGCGUCAGGGAGCGGCGGAUCCGCCAGGCCAGGACGACGCAUUGGAUUGUCGCCGGGGCCAAGGACGGAAAAGUCAGCUUGUGGGAUCUCUACUGA